CUUUCAUCAAAGCUUUGAAAUCUGAUAGAAAUCAACUUUAGUUUGUGUCAUCCAGAAAACUAAAAGCAAAGAGCUAGUAAUAGUAUUGAUCAAAGAAACAGUUGGAGAUGAGUUGUUCAGCGCACAAAGCUUGGAUUGCAGCAACUAGUGUUGGAGUUGUGGAGGCCUUGAAGGACCAGGGUCUGUGUAGGUGGAAUCACGCUUUCAAAUCUGCUCAACAUGUCAUCAAAACCCAUAUUGGAUCUUUGUCACAAGCAAAGAACUUUUCCUCUUCUUCUAUGGUUUCUUCUUCUAGCAGAUUAAAGGGGAAGCAGUCAGAGGAAUCAUUAAGGACUGUUAUGUACUUGAGCUGUUGGGGUCCCAAUUAGAGAAUAAGGGAAAUAUGGAUAUUAAAUUUUUGUUCUUUGACAAUGGGGGCCUGAGAUUUCUGUAGUUGUAUUGGAUUUGUAUUGGUUCUUGGAUAGUAAGAGGAAUUGUUUGUCCUUUGUGACAAAUUGAUGUAAAUAUGGUAAAUGACAAGUCAGGUUUUCCAAAUUGAAAAUGCCUUCACUUUUUCAUUCAUCUAUAUUCUCACUUUUAUA